AACUUUCCUGAGGAGCAGACGCUGCGUGUCCGGACCUCUGUACACCGCGGGGACUUUGUUUCCAACUGCCUUUUCCCACGAGAUGUUGAUUGUGGUCGUGCGGCGACAGCAAUCGCCUUAUGGUAUCGGACAAGAUUGAACUAGAGGAACAUUUUCUCCCUUUUACUGCUGUGCGCUGACAACUCCGGGGCCAAUAACUGCGCAGCGCGCACAGGUACAGGCUGCUCUCCUGAACAGGGACCGUCCAGAAUCAGCGCCGGGUUUUCUGUUAUUACUGAUUUCAACUUGGAGGCGAAAGAGACCGAUCUGUUGGAACUGGCUUGCUUAAUGACUUACAAGGUUGGAUCUGAAGUUAAAUUCAGAAAGCUGUAACAAUAAGAGAUUAUAUUAAAAACACUCUUUGGGUGCUGCUGGAGGUUGGUCGACCAUGCAGCUGCACAGUCUGUGGACAGUCCACGCCCUCCUGGCACUGUCCAGCUUGGCUCUCGGGAACCCCGUGAGCAAUGACCCAGUGGCUGCGCCUCGCGUUUUCAUCUCCUUCAAAGAACUGAGAUCUACCAGCACCGCUCAUCACUUUGCCUACCUCCUCAACACAUCCGACUAUCGGAUCCUGCGUAUGGAUGAGGAUCAUGACCGCAUGUACGUCGGCAGCAAGGACCACAUUCUCUCCCUGGACCUCCAUGACAUCAACAGUGAUCCACACAUUAUCCACUGGCCAGUGUCCGAACGAAGAAGGAUGGAGUGCCUUGUGAGUGGGAAGGAUGCUAAUGAGGAGUGUGCAAAUUUCAUUCGUCUGAUCGAGCCAUGGAACCGGACUCAACUGUACGUCUGUGGGACAGGAGCUUACAAUCCAGUCUGCACCUUUGUCAAUCGUGGACGCAAACCUCAGACGUCCAUGUAUCUGCAGAUGGCCCAAGCCAGAGGAAGGGCUAGCCGCGCAGCUGAACCCAACGCGGUGCACGAGACACUCGAACUCAAGGAAGAAAUCUUCCAUUUGGAACCAGGCAAAGUAGAAUCUGGGAAAGGAAAGUGCUCCUAUGACCCGAAGCUCAACAGUGUGUCAGCUUUAAUCAAUGGUGAACUAUAUGCUGCGGUCUAUGUUGACUUUAUGGGAACAGACUCGGCCAUCUUCCGUACUUUGGGGACAAAGACUGUCAUGAGAACAGAUCAGUAUAACUCCAGAUGGUUGAAUGACCCCACUUUCAUCCACGCACACCUCAUCCCGGACAGCGCGGAGAGAAAUGACGACAAGCUGUAUUUCUUCUUCCGGGAGAAGUCGUCUGAGAUGGGUCAGAGUCCUGUGACCCAGUCUCGUAUAGGACGCAUCUGCCUGAAUGAUGACGGAGGCCACUGUUGUCUGGUCAAUAAGUGGAGCACCUUUCUAAAAGCCAGGCUCAUCUGCUCGGUGCCAGGAGACGACGGCAUGGAGACGCACUUUGAUGAGCUCAGAGAUGUUUACAUACAGCCAACACAGGACACAAAAAAUCCUGUGAUAUAUGGAGUCUUCUCUGUCUCUGGCUCUGUAUUCAAAGGCUCAGCAGUUUGUGUCUACUCCAUGGCUGACAUCCGCAUGGUCUUCAAUGGACCCUUUGCCCACAAGGAGGGUCCUAGUUACCAAUGGGUGGCCUACACGGGGAAGAUCCCCUACCCCCGCCCCGGCACAUGCCCCGGAGGUACAUUCACCCCCAACAUGAAGUCCACUAAGGACUAUCCAGAUGAAGUGAUUAAUUUUAUGAGGAAUCACCCUGCCAUGUACAAUGCCGUGUACCCAGUACACAAGCGCCCCCUGGUGGUUCGGACCAAUGUGGACUAUGAGUUCACCACCAUCACAGUGGACCAGGUGACAGCUGCAGAUGGCAACUAUGAAGUGCUCUUUUUGGGAACCGAUAAGGGGACUGUCCAGAAAGUCAUUGUGCUGCCCAGAGAUGACCUACAAACUGAGGAGCUGGUACUGGAAGAGGUAGAGGUGUUCAAGGUCCCUACUCCAAUCACAACAAUGAAGAUCUCUUCCAAAAGGCAACAGCUGUAUGUGUCAUCUGUGGUAGGGUUGACCCAGUUGGCUCUUCACCGGUGUGAUGUGUAUGGUGAGGCCUGUGCUGACUGCUGUCUGGCCAGAGACCCGUACUGUGCCUGGGAUGGCAAGUCCUGCUCCCGUUACUCUGCCUCGCAGAAGAGGUCUGACCCCUAUAGACGUAGCCGGAGGCAGGACGUCAGGUACGGGAACCCUAUUCGCCAGUGCAGAGGCUUCAACUCUAAUGCCAAUAAGAACACGCUUGAGAUGGUGCAGUAUGGGGUGGAGGGGAGCAGUACCUUCCUGGAGUGUCAGGCCCGCUCUCCACAUGCUGUGAUCAAAUGGCAUCUGCAAAGAGAUAACAGCGACCGCAGGAAAGAGAUGCGUUCUGAUGGCCGGGUUUUGAAGACAGACCAAGGUCUACUGCUGCGGUCUCUGCAGCCCUCUGAUUCUGGCAUGUACCAGUGCACAGCCACAGAAAAGAACUUCAAACACACGCUGGUGAAGCUUCAGUUGGUAGUGCUGUCGAGCCGGGCUGUCAACAACUUGCUGGUAGACGGCGGGGGAGGACUCGUGCCCUCUUCUCUCUACUCCAGCAGCACCCAGUGGACCCCUAGUGCAGGCCAGUACAAGGACCUGCUGACCAUCCUGAGCCAGCCAGAGAUGAACUUGAUUAAUCAGUACUGCCAAGACUACUGGCAGUUUGGAGACUCACUGCUGGGCCCCCUCAAGGCCAAAGACCUGAAGGAGCUCAAGGAGCAGAAGAAGCCCCGCAACCGCCGACAUCAUGGGGAGGGGGAGGAGAAAGAGGAGCAGGAGGAGGCAGAGACAUGAGGAGCUGAUAUUUGUGUCUGAAACACCCUCAACCACCCUCGAUGCCCCCACCCUGUGAAAACUGGGAGAAACUCAUUGAGAUUAGCGAUGUGAAAAAAUCCACAAACCGGGAAAAAAAAAAGCAAACUGAAAAGAAGAGGCUUACAAAGGAAACCCCACAUACAUUUUCUCGAGCAGUAAGAUAUAUGAUACACAGUAUUUAUUGUAGGUUGUAUAUAUUAUCAUUCUGUGGAUUUCUUUGUACUUAUAGAAAAAACAUGCUCUUUGUGUAUAGGUACCUUUGGGGCAAAUAUUAUUGUUAUUAUAGAUGUUAAUUUUAUUGUUACUGUUACUGUCAUUACAAAACUCAUUUGUCAGCAUCAAAUGACCUUGGUGAGUGUUGGGAAUGUGUUAUCAGGCAUGUAAGCUGUUAGGAGCGAGCUACGGGAGGCUCUCUGACAGGGAAGUGAGUUGUUGAUAAGGGGUGAUGGGAUCUCUGUUGUUUGUUGCUUGCUUUGACUCAAUGCCAGGACUCGUUUAUUUCUGGACUCUGCCGGUGAUGCAACCUGCUCACAGCUGCAUGCAGACAGAGACUUUCUAUUGCUGGGGGGACCAUCGACAUAUGGGCCCAGUUAUUGCGGGAAAACAGUUCUUUCUCUAUUAGAGCCCAGGCAUACAGAUGACUGCUCGGUUACUCUCACUGUUGUAAUUGAUCUUUUCACAGGAAACAGGUCCCUGCCCUUUGUUGUUUUCCUCUAUUUUCUUCCUGAUAGGAUUGUCUGUAAAAUGUUGCAACAUCCUUACUACCUUUCUCUAAUUUUGAUUGGUGAGAUUUACAUUUCCUUGGCAAAAGUAAGAGAAAAAUUCUCUGGUCUGCAUAACCUGCAGCUUCUUUUGGAUAUGAGCUCAAGUUUAAAGAUGAGACAUAAAUGUAAUAAGCCAGUAUCAAAUCAGUUUUUAAUGAAAUCUAUUAGGAAAUAUAUCGGCUGGUGUCUAUUCAAAUGGUAACAUCUUUAAAACUGAGAGUGAUAUGCAAUAAAGGGUCAUGGUUUUGCACAACGGGCAUCAUUCUUUUAUUUAAAAGGGACAGUGGCUAAGGCCAAAUGCAACAAGCACAUUCAGGCACGGUAUACAGUAGCUGACAAAUCCAAUUUAAGAGAAAACAGGCAGCAGUUAUUAGCUCUGAGCACACAAAACAUCUUUUUAUUUCCUUUGACAUUAACUUGUGAAAAAACGCUGCUCAUAUACACAACAGAGCACUGUAAGAAUAUUGUGAACCUAACUAAAAUAUUGGGAAGCUGGCUUUCAUUGUGUGCAUGAACCUGUAUUUGUACUGUAAUUCUGAUAAGAUACUGUGUGGUCAUUUUUCUUUUCUUUCUUUUACGUUCAUUUUUUAUUUUAUUUUAUUUUAUUUACUUUUUAUCUCUAGGGAUGUACAGUAUGGUACAGUAUGAGAUGUUCUCAGUACAGCAAAAUGGGGAAAACAAAUGCUUUAAACAUGCCUUCAUUUCAAAUAUACCCCUCUAUAAAGUGUGGUGCACUGACAUAAAUUUAGAUUUUGUCAAAUUAUAAAUUGAAAUCAUUUUGCUUAUGUGUUUGGAAUCAUUUAAGUAAAGUAUAAUUUAAUAAAUAACAGCUGGCACAUUAAUUACAUAGAGAAAAGCAUUUUGAGUUUAAUAACAGGGUGUUAAUAAAUACUGUGCAAAGUGACUGAUUAGAAUUUUUAUGCUCACCCUCUCGUACACUUUUCUAGUAAAGACAUUAAUAUUACUGUUAUAUAAGACAAAUUAAUGGAGUUUUCCUGUAAAACAAUGUAUUAUGCUUUCAUAUCAUUGUGAAAUUUAUAGACUUUUAAUGAAAGUCUGCAUGAACACCUCUGGGAAGACGCAACCAUAAUUUAUACAGGGGUAUCUGUAUCUGAUCCUCAAUGUGGCAUUGGUCUACAUUCCCAGAAUCCACUACAGGUCCUGAUCUUCCCCUCCAAAUGAGACCAAGGGAUCUACAGCAAAAAGAAAAAAAAAUGUAGUAACAGUUGUAAAAUUUGUUGGUAUUUUUUAAAUGUGUCUUUAGUUUUUGAAU